CUAAAUUUCUUACUUUUAUCACACAGAGCAAAGGUUCUUUAUGUAGCUCAGUUCCUUGAAGAACUAUUUCAACACUCUAUGUUCCAGAGUCUCGGCUGCCUGUUACGUGACCAGCUUCGGGGUUGGCAAAUGAUCAUGAUGGUGAAAGAGGUGCUCGUGCUGUGGACGGCGACUCUACUGGCGGCUUCAGCUCAACUCCCGGUGAAUGACAGUAAUAAGACACUGGCAUACAUCCCCCUUACCUAUGAUGUAAAUAUAACCCAUUUAAUCCUGCACCACAACCUUAUCGUGAUGAACGACUCGGACAUACAGGCUUUGAGGAACUACUCCGAUCUGAUAGAGCUGGACCUCUCAUACAACCUCAUAACGCAUCUGCCUGAUGGAGCUUUUUCUGCUCUCGGCAGUCUCGAAACGCUCCGUUUAACCGGGAAUAACCUGCAAACGAUAAGGAAUGAGACUUUCACAGAUUUACAGAAACUCAAGACACUGGAUCUGAGCUUGAAUCCGUGGAACUGCACGCAGGAGUUACUGACGCUGGUGAAGUGGAUGAAUGAAACGGGACUACACACAGGACCGAACGUCACAUGCGCCGCUCCAGAAAACCUGACUGGAGAAAGAAUCCAAGAUGUGAUCAAAACGUUCCCAACACAGCGACCUCCAACAACACGCAACACAGUCACUGCUACAAAAACCACUACCACUUCUUCUACAGUCAGAGCUUUCACGGAAACCUUUACUACAGUCCAAAGCUCACAACAUCAAGAGUCGGUCACAUUAAGAGGCCUAAACGUUUCAAGCAAAGAUGAACAAGAUGCCAUGUCAGGAAACACCAACACCUGGAAGUUCCUCACUGGAGUGAUCGUGAUCAUUCUCUGCACGUCCAUGUUCAUCGUGUGCGCAGUCAAAUCGCCAACCUGGUACAAGAUUCUCUUUGACUACCGGCACCAGAGGCUACACGAAACCGAGGAUCCCGGUAUCUUUAACACGGGCCGCUACUCCAACUUCAGCCUAGACACCGAGCAGACGGAGACCAGCGCUCACGAGCUGGACCAAGGCCUUACGGGGCCAUCCGAGGAUGAGGACGGCUUCAUAGAGGACGGCUACAUUCAGCCCGAGGACUACAAGGAGCAUGCUGAUGUGGGUGGAAUAUAAAAUGAGCGACCUUGCUGAAGGAAAAGGGACGAUGUCUGAUGUGACUGUUUAAGGUUUAACAGAAAGCAGGGUCUUAACCAGGUCCAUCUGAGGUGAACAAUAAGACACGAAGCUUUCUUUUACACCUAGAAGUAUUCGUUUUGUAUAGAACACACUUUGCAGGUUCUGAAAGCAAACUUUUCUCACUUAAUAUUGAUUUAUUUUCAUUAGUUAUGACUACAUGCUUGCAGCACAAACAGCCCGAAUGCCAAAACACUUCCCUAUUACAUAUUUUACACACUAUAACCUCUGCGUUUCAGCCCUAAAUUUAGUAUAUAUAUUAAAAAGGUUGUGUUUGUUUAAAUGUAAGUAUCAGAAAGUGUCUAUAGACACAGCUUACAUGCAGUACGAGCUGUUUCUUUAUAGCACGCUGACGCUAGACAGCCAUUAACAAGCUGUGAACGUUAAUCAUUAACCACGCUGUAUGGCUGAAAUCUGGGUUUAUAAAAUGCUGCUGAAUUCUCGAAUCUGAUUGGUUCGUUAAUCAUCUAUGAGAGCCACAUGGGCGGUAGUUGAAGCUCAUUCACAGGGAUGUGCUCACUGGACACUACAUAUAACUAAUAAAUGAUAUAAUCGUCAUUAUGAUGGCGUUUCCUAUAAGGAGGAUUUUUGUGAUUGUAACAGCAGAAAAUUUCUUGAUUUCUGCAGCUUAUUUUUUAAAGACACAUAUGUGAUGACAUUCCUUACACAUUAAAUAUGGUUAUUAUAAUCAGUAUGAUAUAAAUGGAUUAAAAGUAUGUGUUGCCAAAUAAUUAUUAAAAAAAAAAUUAAACAAAAAAAAUGUAUAUGAAAUUGAUGAAAUACAUGUUUUGUCAUGUGGAUAAAAUUCACACCGUAGGCUUUGCAUUUAUUUCGGCGCGGUGUGAAGAAACAGGACGGUUUAUAGAACAGAACUAUGAGAUGUAUCUGAACUGAGGCACUUACUCUCUUCUCUCGGUGAAUAUGGCGUCUAUGCUUUGGGCUUCUCGGUCGUUCUGUACUUUCAGCUGAAUGUGUGAAGAGAAAUGUGACGUGAAAUCACUGCAAUUCUACACAAGAACUGAAGAAAAGACAUAUAUAUAUAGACGUAUAAGACUGCUUACCAUGCUGAUUUCAUUCAUUACUUCAUCCAUUUCUGUGUUGGUGUUCAGUUUGUCAACCAGCUGAAAGUUUCACAAACAAUACUCAAUCACUUUAAACAAAGAAUGCUAAUCAUUCCUUA